AUGACUGAUUUCACAGAGGCAAAUCGGAGAUAUUUCGAUCAGAUGGCGACGACCUACAAAGACCAAUUUGCCCAAGGCCAAAAGAUGUUGUCUGAGCAGACCGCCAAGCGCCGGUCCUGGAUCAGCGACCGAUGGACCGAUACGGAAGCAGGCAAAGGACAAGAGAUCAAGAUGCUAGAAUACGCUUGCGGACCAGGAGUAGUCUCGAUGACGCUGGCUCCUUUCUUGACCCAAGUGGUUGGCAUCGAUGUCUCCGAAAAGAUGGCGGAAGAAUUCAACAAGAACGCCAAUACAGUCAACAUGGCCUCUAAAAUGACAGGAUAUAAGGCAGACCUUCUUUCGGAGCCCGCUCCACUGGAGUUCGCUGGAUCAGGGUUCAACAACUUCGACCUCAUCACCGUCAGCUUGGCCUUGCACCACUUCGAGCACCCGGAUACUGCGCUACAGAAGUUGACAAAGCGAUUGAAGAUUGGAGGGGCGUGCUUCAUCAUUGAUCUCGUCCCUCAUGCCGGACAUUCGGGUCACGGCCACGGCCACGGUCACGGUCACGGUCACGGUCACGGCCACGAACAAAUGAUCCAGCAAGAAUUCGGAGACGCCGCUCAUACCGUCAAGGCCCACGGAUUUUCCAAGGGUGAGAUGCAAAAGCUGUUUCAAGAUGCUGGUCUGAGUGUCAAUUUUGAAUAUGAGUUAUUGUCUGAGCCACUGGUGUUUACCAAGGCGGGGAAGACCGUCGAGAAGACGGUCUUCAUUGCCCGUGCCCAGCUGGCAUGA